CAUAGUUUUUAAGCUUUCCCUGCAGAAAAGUGAAAAAAAUUGGAAUAAUAUUAUGUCUAGACAAGCUUCACGUUUCGAUGCUAAAAAAGUGUAAUUAAAUGAGAAGCCAAAAUUGAUUUUACGUCCCAAGCUAGCAAUAAAGUUGCAUGGAUAUAAAUAACAUCUCGUCUAUCAUUAAGCAACAGAAGCCCACUGGAGCUGUCACUGUUGUCACUCAAAACAAGAAAAACUUGCAAGACCAGCAAAAAAUACAAUUGAUCCCUAUGAUGACCGCAGGUGGGACGCAAAUUAUUAUCGGGCAAUUGCCACAACAGCAGCCACAGGCUACAGGAACGUCCCAAGCCACGACAACCGGACUUAUACCCCUUCAGGCAAAUCAAAUUAUGUUGCAACAGCCCCAACAAACAGCACAGCCAAUGCAGCUACUUCAAUUGCCAGAUGGUCAAACACUAUUUUAUCAACCAGCAGCAACAUCAUUGACCCUUGAUCCAAAUGCGACAACUGCACAAGCUACGCCACAGCCGCAACUUAUUAACAUAAACGGCCAAUUAAUGCAAAUAGCGACAACUCACCCGCAGGGCACUGCCAAUAAUAAUACUGUAGGCCAGCAAAUUAUUAUGGUCCCACAAGCUGGUACCACAACUGUGACUGUUCCGCAAACUGCCACAUCGGUAUCAGCACAGCAAACAACUUCUGCCUCUGCCGCAAAUACCAAUACAAAUGAUGUGCAAGCGGAAGAUGACUCUAGUAAGGGAGAAUCUGAAGAGGAGCCUCUUUAUGUUAACGCAAAACAGUACAAACGGAUACUGAUAAGGCGACAAGCUCGAGCUAAACUUGAAUCUCGUAUACCGAAGGAACGCUCUAAAUAUUUGCACGAAUCGCGUCACCGUCAUGCAAUGAAUCGCGUACGAGGCGAGGGUGGACGAUUCCAUUCGGCCCAAAUAAAGAGUGACUUAGGUGGAUCUGGUUCUGGUAAUUGCGAAUCACAAAUGCAAUCUGUGCCGACACGUGCAACUAUACGUGCCCCACCAAAGUUAAUCGCACCACAUCAAACUCCAAUUCCAGCACCUACCCCUAGUAUAACCAUCACUCCAAUAAAGUAAAAACAUGGGCAGCACAAAACCAAUUAUACCAGUUAAAAAACUUUAGUUUUAGAAAUACAUAUAUUGAGAUUAGGAUCUACUUUAAUAAUGAUUUGUAUGUAAAAUAAGUAUGUAUGUACCUAGAUGACGACUAUCCGCUAUCCAAAUUACGCGCCGUUAGUACUACUAAUAUUUUAUUAU